AUGAAACUAGCAACUGUGCUAAUUGGCCUGGUCGGACUCCUCAUGGUCCACUGUAGGAAGAAGCAAAAAAAUGCAGAAAUAGAAGGGAGCCCUCUGGAGAUACCCAAGGGGAAGUACAAGCUGGGAAUAUUCACGUCCUACAAGCCCACUAUUUGUGGAAUUGCACAGUUCAGUGAAAACAUGAUCGACAGUCUUAAAAAGGCAGACCCCGGCAUAGAGAUAGAGGUUUUCAAUAUCUGCCGGCACGACCCAAAGCCCCCGCGAAGAGUGGACGGCAUAAAGGUGACCGAUGUGUACUGCACACACAACACGGAAAAGUCAGAGUUUAAGAUUCUUGCAGACUAUGUUAAGAAAUCAAAAUUUGAUGGAGUGCUUGUAAACCACGAAUACUACCUGAUUUCAACAUUCACGCACUUUGAGAAUCUGGUGAGCGAUCUUAAAGAGACAGGAACCACAGUGCACACGUUCCUGCACACGCCCAUCAGCUAUCCUCCGCCAGACAAGCAGCAGCACAUUCGAAAAGUAGCAGCAUCGUCUGAUAAGGUGAUUGUUAUGUCGUGGAAGGCAAAACACUAUCUGCACCACUCGUACGGAAUCCCCAAGAAGAAGAUCAUAUACUUCCCGCACGGAAUAAAAACAGCUGCAGCAAGCAAAAAAAUACUGAAAGACCUCGACAUCCCCAGCGACAAAUUUAUUGUAUACACUGACGGAAUUAUGCAUGAACAGAAAGGUGUGGAGAGAAUGAUCAAUGCGCUGUGGCUUCUCAAGCAGAAGGGGAAGAUAGAUAACAUUCUCGUGCUGGUGGCAGGUCUGAGCAGUUCAGGCACGCAGUACAUGGAGAACAUAGAAAGACUUGCGCACGCAAGAAAGCUGCAGAACAACUUCAGAUGGAUUAAAAAGUUUUUGAGCAAUGAAGAGAUGGCCACCCUCCACAAAAGAGCAGAUGUAUACUUCACUCUUUUUGAGGAAGUCAUUCCCACAUCAGGAACACUAACAUACGCCAUGUACUCAGGUGAUGCCAUCAUUACCACGCCAUACAGGUACUCGCUUGAGCUCUUGGGAGCAGACCAUAAUAAAACCAGAGGAACAGACCAAAGCUCUCUGGAAACUCUUAUCAAAGAGAAAUCAAAGGUAGCAUACUCUGGAAUCACUGUGCCAUUCAGACGCAGUGCAUACCCCCUCGCAGAGGCAAUUCUCAAGUACAAGAACAAUCCUGAGCUCAGAAGGCUUUUCAAGCUGAGAAGCAAAGAAAGAGUAAAGCAGUACAACUGGGACAACGUUGCAAACUACAUAGCAUACUACUUCAAGACGAAGAAAAACAAGUACAUAAACGAAGACCCAUACAAGAACAACUUUAUGCCGUCAAGAUGCAAAUGGGACACAAAGAUCAAAACUUUCUUUGAAACAAUAAUACCGGUAAAAGUGGAAAACAAGCCGUAUCUCUUGUACAAAGAUUACUUUGUGCGCAUAGAAGUAAAGGCUGCAGACGGAAAAAUAAAGAAAAUCCUCAUAGAAGGAAGGAAAAAGGAUGCACCAGUCAGCUUUGGCCAUGGUAAAAUACUAGUUGUUCCAUCUAAACACGUAGACAUCCUCUCGUCCAACAAAAACGAGUGCUACAUAUACACCCCAAAUAUGAUAUUUGUGGUGAGCUACAACAAAAAACACAAGUGCGUUUUCAUGGAGGUUCUCUUCGAGAAUAUCUAUGGAAAUGCCACAGGUCUCUUUGGAUGCACGCUGAGACAGAAGUACGAUCUGACGAAGCCAUCCAUUCCAACCGUAGACCACUUUGUACUUACAGGAUCCUCCUCUAGACUGAACGAGAUGAAAUAG